AUGAAGGGGUGCACCUGGGUAUUUGUGGCAACUUUACUUUGUCAGCAGUUUUGCCUCUUCCGAGUUACAGCAGCAAAGAGAGAGAGGAAGAUGAAGAAGGAGCCUAGUCAGUACACAGAGCCUUUCAAUGCCACCCUCUCAAACAGUGAAGAACUGCAUGGGCACCCCAAGAUCCUGGAAUCUCCAGAUCCUCGGAUCACAGAUCCACGGCGGACCUGGAUCUCCUUUGUUCACCGCCCAGAUGAUGGCAACACCUCCAAAAGGAGAUGCAAGGGGAAAGACAAGAAAUUACGUGGCCUUGUUGGGCCUCCAGGACCUCCAGGCCCCCAGGGACCUCCAGGAGCACCUGGUGCUGAAGUCACCCGGGAAGUCCUUCUGCAGGAGUUUAAGGAGAUACUAAAAGAAGCCAUUGAGCGUCGAGCAUCCCUGGCUAUUUCAGCUCAUCCUAGCCAGCUGCCUCCACUCCUGCUCUCCUUGGAGGAAGUGUCACCCCACAGACGUGUGGAGGAGGCAUUCCACUGCAAGCUGAAAGGACAAGUCACCGUAGAUAAGAAGACCUUGGUAGAACUUCAGAACUUCCAGUCGCCUCUGGCCAAAGGAGCUUUUCUCCGGGGGACAGGAUUAAAUCUGGCAACAGGACGUUUCACAGCACCUGUGUCUGGCAUCUACCAGUUUUCAGCCAAUGUCCACAUUGACCACAGUGAGCUGAAGAGUAAAGUCCAGCUCCGAGCCAGAGACAACGUCCGUGUCUUGAUCUGCAUCGAGUCCCUGUGCCACCGAUACACGUCUUUGGAAGUCAUUGCUGGGCUGGAAAGUAACAGCAAGAUCUUCACUGUCUAUGUGCAUGGCUUGCUGCAGCUGCAGGCUGGCCAGUACACCUCCAUAUUUGUGGACAACAGUGCUGGAGCCCCCGUCACCAUCCAGAACGGAUCAGACUUCAUGGGCAUGUUGAUGGGCUCCUAAUGUCACCUGCAGUGUGUGGCAGGGAGGGAAACCUGCCUUGCUCUGUAUAUUUGACUGAAGAAACCUCUUUUUUUGACUCCUGAAGGCUGCUUCCUGCAACUGUUGGCAUCUUUGUAAACAAGCAGAGGGCCUUUCCUUUCACAGAUCCUUCAGCUUGCUUUCAGAAGCUGCUGCUUUUCAAGGUCCACGCCAGUUCAUUC